AGUAAUGAGAGCAAAAUGUGGACUUAAACCAAAUUGGGUUAGAAUAAUAUUCUACUUUAUAUGCACAUAUUGACGUAUAGAUUGGUAGUUACAGACUUGGAGCAACGCGUUGAAGUUCUAAUAUUUGGAAUUUUAGUUUUGCCACAAUAUGCGUUGUGUAUAAUAUGAUAGCUAUGUCAAGUUGUGUAAUAUAUCGUGGUUGUGUGUUGCUGAUUUGUUGUAUUGGGUUGGUACACGGCCUUGAGUAUUGUACCAGUUACUGUGAUCGACGUGGGGCAUGGCAUCCAGGGUUUGUAUGUGGUAUGUUCAUUAAACCACCAGUGGCACAAAAAGGAACAGUUGCACUCAAAGAAACAGUUCAACGCCACGGAACAAACACUACACUCUACUGUUGUGGAACCCAGAGCUUCAGAUUCUGCUGCAAUGACCCCGACUCAAGUAUUGCCGGCCUCUAUCCCGAGCGCUACCACUGCGUAAGAAACAUGUCUCAUAGAUGGAGGAUCGUCCUUGGUGUUUUCACGGCAAUUAUAAUUCUCCUAACAUGUGGUAUGUGUUGUUUCUUUGGUUGUUCCAAAGCGCAGUUUACAGCCACUAGAUCAAGAACAAUGGCAAGCCGUACAAGACAAGACACAAACAACAAUUCACAAGCGACUAUUCGUGCCAAUGGAGGAAUAACAGAACACGAAGAAAUUAUUCUUUCGGCCGGACCUGUUCCAGAGUUUAACUAUCCAAUCUAUCAACCCCCGGCGUACCAUGAGAUAGCGGGAGACCCCCCUCCAUUUACAGAACAAUCACAAACCAGUCAAAUAACACCUAACUCUGCUGCAACUACGGUUCGUGUAUCCCAUAACGCUGCAGUAAGUGGGUUGGUUGUUGCAGUUGAUACUACAUCGAAUAGUAGUGUCGUUAAUACAUCUGCUAAUAAGAAUCAGACAACUACACACGCAACCGGGUGUGUCACUGCUGAGUCAGAAACGCCUAUGUGUGUUCCUACAACAACUACACUUUCAUACAAUGCUGCAAAUAGCAGAAGACAAACGACAUAUGAUAACGCAUGCGCAAUCCCACUUCCUGCCAUACCGAGUGAAAUAGAAAAUGUUGCUACAAGAGGAAUUACAAAUGAAAGUGCGUUGGAAGCUACAUCAGGUUCAAAUGCUGAACAACAGUCUAACGGUGAUCUAACUAAAUUACCAGAUGACUCGUCCACAGUGACAAAUGUCACCAACAGGGUAAACCAAGCAAAAACAACAGCUGUUCAUAAUCUUAAAGACAAUGCCAGUCCAUCGUCCUUGUCACAACCUAUUGCGGGAUCACAUAAUCAAAACAAACCCCAGUCAAAUCGGAAAACUGUUUCGUUUGACAAUGCAGCAUUUCAAAUAGACAAAUAGAGGCAUAAACCUCAAAAAGGAAUAUAGCACCGAGUGAGAACUAUUAAGUUUUAUUCAAGAAGAAUUGGCUCCAAGGAUCCAAACUCGAUAUUUUCCAACAAUGAAUCGAAAACGUCAAAAUUUUGUUGUUUAAAAAUUCAAAAUAAAUAGUCCAAAAGACCAAAAUUCACGAUCCAAAUGAUGAA